CCCCUCAAACUCAAUUGGAGCAUGCGGACAAACUUGACACGGUGCGUAAUAUUUAUUCGUCAGGCAUAAUGGGCUAUUUGUGAAUAUCUUGACGAAAAAUUUGUCGAUGUUGUUAAGCUGCUUGCUUUUUGCUCCAGGGAAGGUAUAAUAGCCAACACUUAUUGAUGUCCAUUGACAGUUGUUCCCACCACUGGUUUUCCGUUUACUGUCCGAAGUGCGUUACAUCCGACAAUGACUUCUUCGACUUUGCAGAUGAUGUUUUAAGAGUGUUUUUGGUGGAUUUUUCUACUUUUAAGAAAAAAUUGAUUCAAGUUUCGUCAGUUCUUGAUGAUCCACUGAAAGAGCUCAUCUCCAGUGAAACUUUUCUGUAUAGUUUCAUGAAUCUAUUUGUCAUUUUGGGAGAUUUUUAAGCACCGUCAACAAGUAACACUUGCCCAACCCUAAGGACGUGAAUUUAGUCGGAUCUUUGAAAAAUUGUCUUUUCUCCCUACGUUUUAUCGCCAAGGUGAUCUUCUUUAUUUUUGAAGAUGGAAAAACUGUCGGAAUCAAUGAUUUCUCUUCACAAUUUAGUUGAGGCUGCUCGACCAUCCUCCUUAGUGUUUGGUUCCCCUCAACUUGCCGCAUUACAUAGCAUGACGGAAAAAGCACCGACUCUUACUUACCCCCAUCCGGCAUUCGUGCCUGUAUCCAUGCAGAACGGUACCUUCAAACCGGUGGCCAUACCAGCCAGCCUAGCGGCGUCUUGUUCGGCGGCACCCGGCUCCACCCCUCAUGGCAUCAAUGACAUUCUAUCCCGACCAGACGGGCAACAGGCGGCUGCCGUAGCGACGGCGGCACUCGCCAACCAUGGACUCCUCAACAGAUUUGCCGGUUACGCUGGACCGGCGGGGCUCUAUUUUCACCGGAUGGGAAAGCCUCUCGCUGACUUUGGAUCGGCUGGACAGGCAGCAGCAGCGGCAGCGGCGGCUCUCUAUUGGCCAGCAAAUCUACUUCAUUCUCCCGUUUGGAGAGACAAUCAUUUGUCAUGCCCUCCAGUUUCAUCGUCAUCUCAGAGUUCACAUUGUUCGAGAGACACUCCUACCGAUAAGGACGGUAAAAAGAAGCACACCCGACCCACGUUCUCCGGCCAACAGAUCUUUGCUCUUGAGAAGACCUUUGAACAGACGAAAUACCUGGCCGGUCCAGAGAGAGCUAGACUGGCCUACGCACUCGGAAUGUCUGAAAGUCAAGUCAAGGUCUGGUUCCAAAACAGACGUACUAAAUGGCGAAAGAAACAUGCUGCAGAGAUGGCGGCCGCAAAACGCAAGCACGACUCAACCCACCACACACCAUCAACGACAACAGACCACUACGCCAUCGCCCAUCACUCCCUACUUGCUGCUGGAGCAGCGUCUGCUGCUGUUGCCGCCAUGGAACGCGGUGGCGACCACCACCACCACCACUCACGAGAUCUAGACGGUGAUACAUCGAGAAGUGAACGAUCUUAUGAUGGCAGUCGAGAUGGUUUAGAUGAUGACGACGAUGACGUGGAAAUCGACGAGGUCGUCGAAGCAGACAUUGACAACGAAGCUGAGAUCAAUAGCAAGAGACGAAAAUUAGACAUUCAAAGUGUAGAAUCAAUCCUGCGUUGAGGUUAUCUUCGAUAUAUAAAGACAUUUGUAUCAACCAUAUUCGGCCAAUAAAGGCUCUUGGACCUUACCUUGCCCAUCCAUAUCAAGCCAAAACAUUGGCUACAGUCUGAUUUGUGUUUCGUAAUGUUUAUUUUUUUGAUGUAAUGAAAUGAAAUUUAGUCCUUCUUCAGAGAGAGUUAUAAUUGUGACAUUUAUCGAUAACACGAAUGAUUGUAAUGAUGAUUUGUCAUUGUGAUACAGAAAUAGCUAUAUUGUUAAAGUAGAUAGAAGUUUAAACAUUAUUGUAUUAAUCAUCCCCAACCGAAGAAAGUUUCAUGUAUCAGAAGAAAAGUUUUCUUUUCGUAGGAUCACAGAUGCUACACUGUUAAAAAAAAACCUGAUUUUACAGAAAAAACAAAGAAGAUUUUGCAAAAGCAUUAACAGAAUCAAUCUACAAAUUUAUAAGACAGAAAUUUUUUUGCAAUUUAACAGAACAGGUCUUUUUAAAAAGGGAAAAAUGGUGUUUUAUUAAAGGACAUUUGU